AUGACCACGCUGCUGUUUCUGGGAUUACUGCUGCUUGCAGAGGGUGUCACGAGCGCUCUUUUGAGCGUCAGGGGCUGUGAUUGGCCCAGAAGAAUGGACAACACGCUUCUCUCCCCGUUGUUCACCAAUGUGUCCUACAACGGCGAUGACGGACUGCUGAAGAUGUACAUCGCCAUGGACUCGCUCGGGUAUAUUGUGGACGUGAACGAAACCACAAACACUUACACGACGCUCCACGUCCGGCUCGAAUACGUUGGCGACGUGAUACAUGACGAGUACUUGAGACUGUGCAAUUACUCCAGGGUGCUCCGUGCGGACGGAGAAGAGCCUGUUAGCACGACGACCUCCCAGCAGCCCUCCUCGACUGCUCACAGCUCGCUGAUAAAUUACUCCACUCGCGUGCCAGACAUGUCCGAUAUGAUACAAAAGAGAGACACUUGGAUGGAAGAGUACUCCCCGCUGCUGCUGGACCGUGCGGAAGAGACCUACGACUCGUGUCCCAUAUACGAGGGAGACGAGGUCGUGGUGGACUUGUCGCUCUACAUCGGCCACCACUCUCCCUUUGGGACAUACAGUUUGGACGUCACUGUCAUCAACUCGGACGCCAACCACACGGUGAUUGGCUGUUCUCUGGCCAAGUUCAGUACCGUCCAGAAACGCUCGCUGCAGAACUUCAUGGUGGCGUUUACGGCGCUGCUGCUGUCGCUAAUUAUUCUCUCGAACAUUCUUGGGUACCAGCUUUCGCCGUACAUUGACACCCAAAACCCACUAUCUGGUCUACAUUCAGUUUAUCCACUUCAUGGCCGGCUUGAAUCUCCAAUUCCCCGGUUUCUUUCAGCCCCUAAUGGCCUCGCAGCGCUGGGCAGGCGUCAUGGACUUGCUACACGACCACGCCGCCAGGGGCGUCGACGGCGUGUACGAGUCGAUGUGGAUGGGCGGGCUGAAACGACUUCUGGGCUCUGGCUUCGGCAAAGACGGUCUGCCAACGAUUUGGUCGUCGUUCCUGAUCACCGCCCUUAUCUUCAUCUCGAUUGCCUGCGUUAUCGACCACGGGAUCUGCUCGCUGGUGCUUCUGCUGAAGCCCAAAGACUGCCGCCCCACAUUGCCCCGUUACAUGAGACUCUCGUUUCUAAUCGUUAUCGGAAACGUACUUGCCGCUUUUCUUGGCUACAUCGCCACGCCGUUCCUCGUAUAUUCGUUUUUUGUGCUCUGUGCUCCACACACGCAUUUGUAUGGACAGCCGGAGAUUCGGAGCAACCCGGCCUGGGUCACCGUCACCGCCUCGCUUCUUCUGGCCCUCUACUUCCUGCUCCAGAUAUACUAUGUGGUGCGGUUCGUCCUAUUCAAGCGCGGACGCGACAUGCUCUACAGGUCGAUCAAUGUGAUUCUGAUCUGGCAAUGGGCCUACGUGCAUCUGAAAACGUCUGCUCUGUGGUUUGCUGCCGUCACUUUCCUCGGAAACUUCGUGUUCAGCUUUGCUGUCGGCGCGCUGCAGUUCAGCGGCGUCAUCCAGUUGAUUGUGAUUAUCUGCUCGGAGUCGAUUAUUCUGUGUGUGAUGCUGUUGUGGGCUCCGUACUACUCCAACACGGGAACGAACAGGACCAAGAUCUCACUGGCCAUCGUCAAGCUUAUUAUCUUGUUUCUGCACAUUGCGUUCAUUGA